UGUAUGUUUUUGUUCCCUAUUAUAUCUUCUAGCUUCUUUCUUCCUCUUCUUCCUUAAAAAUUCAUCCUCCAAAACAUUCUAUCAUCAACGAAACAUUUCAUAUUAAAUUAAAUAAUAAUCGAUGGCUGAAAUUUGGUUCUUGGUUGUACCAAUCCUCAUCUUAUGCUUGCUUUUGGUAAGAGUGAUUGUUUCAAAGAAGAAAAAGAACAGUAGAGGUAAGCUUCCUCCUGGUUCCAUGGGAUGGCCUUACUUAGGAGAGACUCUACAACUCUAUUCACAAAACCCCAAUGUUUUCUUCACCUCCAAGCAAAAGAGAUAUGGAGAGAUAUUCAAAACCCGAAUCCUCGGCUAUCCAUGCGUGAUGUUGGCUAGCCCUGAGGCUGCGAGGUUUGUACUUGUGACUCAUGCCCAUAUGUUCAAACCAACUUAUCCGAGAAGCAAAGAGAAGCUGAUAGGACCCUCUGCACUCUUUUUCCACCAAGGAGAUUAUCAUUCCCAUAUAAGGAAACUUGUUCAAUCCUCUUUCUACCCUGAAACCAUCCGUAAACUCAUCCCUGAUAUCGAGCACAUUGCCCUUUCUUCCUUACAAUCUUGGGCCAAUAUGCCGAUUGUCUCCACCUACCAGGAGAUGAAGAAGUUCGCCUUUGAUGUGGGUAUUCUAGCCAUAUUUGGACAUUUGGAGAGUUCUUACAAAGAGAUCUUGAAACAUAACUACAAUAUUGUGGACAAAGGCUACAACUCUUUCCCCAUGAGUCUCCCCGGAACAUCUUAUCACAAAGCUCUCAUGGCGAGAAAGCAGCUAAAGACGAUAGUAAGCGAGAUUAUAUGCGAAAGAAGAGAGAAAAGGGCCUUGCAAACGGACUUUCUUGGUCAUCUACUCAACUUCAAGAACGAAAAAGGUCGUGUGCUAACCCAAGAACAGAUUGCAGACAACAUCAUCGGAGUCCUUUUCGCCGCACAGGACACGACAGCUAGUUGCUUAACUUGGAUUCUUAAGUACUUACAUGAUGAUCAGAAACUUCUAGAAGCUGUUAAGGCUGAGCAAAAGGCUAUAUAUGAAGAAAACAGUAGAGAGAAGAAACCUUUAACAUGGAGACAAACGAGGAAUAUGCCACUGACACAUAAGGUUAUAGUUGAAAGCUUGAGGAUGGCAAGCAUCAUAUCCUUCACAUUCAGAGAAGCAGUGGUUGAUGUUGAAUAUAAGGGAUAUUUGAUACCUAAGGGAUGGAAAGUGAUGCCACUGUUUCGGAAUAUUCAUCACAAUCCGAAAUAUUUUUCAAACCCUGAGGUUUUCGACCCAUCUAGAUUCGAGGUAAAUCCGAAGCCGAAUACAUUCAUGCCUUUUGGAAGUGGAGUUCAUGCUUGUCCCGGGAACGAACUCGCCAAGUUACAAAUUCUUAUAUUUCUCCACCAUUUAGUUUCCAAUUUCCGAUGGGAAGUGAAGGGAGGAGAGAAAGGAAUACAGUACAGUCCAUUUCCAAUACCUCAAAACGGUCUUCCCGCUACAUUUCGUCGACAUUCUCUUUAGUUCCUUAAACCUUUGUAGUAAUCUUUGUUGUAGUUAGCCAAAUCUAAUCCAAAUUCGAUAUAAAAAAUCCCCUUUCUAUUUUUUUUUAAAAUCAUUGUUGUAGUCUUGAGGGGGUUUAACAUGUAACAACUAUGAUGAAGUAAAAUGUCGAUUCCGGUAUUAUAAAUUACAGUCGAAAAUGGUCAAUUUGUUUUGG